AUAUUAUGUCACAGCGUGUCGCGUCUGCUUCCCAAAUAACUUACUCAUGGCUUCAUCCUCAGCAAAAGGGAAGGCACCAGCUACCGGAGCUGCGAGUUCAGGCUAUGAACUACCUUGGGUGGAGAAAUACAGGCCACAGAACUUGGACGAUGUGGUCGGAAACGUUGACACUAUUGAAAGACUGAAGGUCAUUGCAAAGGAUGGAAAUUGCCCCCAUAUCAUUAUAUCAGGUUUGCCGGGUAUUGGAAAGACGACGAGUAUACACUGUCUAGCUCAUCAGUUACUCGGGGAUGCGUACAAAGAGGGUGUUCUCGAACUAAAUGCUUCUGAUGAGAGAGGAAUCGAUGUCGUACGGAAUAAAAUAAAGGCUUUUGCACAGAAGAAGGUCACCCUUCCUCCUGGGCGGCAUAAAAUUGUGAUUCUGGACGAGGCUGACAGUAUGACUGGUGGUGCACAGCAAGCGUUGAGAAGAACGAUGGAGAUUUACUCAAACACAACUCGCUUUUGCCUGGCAUGCAACAUGUCUAACAAAAUCAUCGAACCGAUACAGAGUCGAUGUGCUAUCCUACGAUAUGCAAAGCUGAGAGACACCGAAAUUCUGAAAAGGCUGUUAGAAAUAUGCGAAAUGGAGGAGGUCGAAUACAAUGACGAUGGUCUGACUGCUCUCAUCUUCACAUCCGAAGGCGACAUGCGUCAAGCAAUCAACAACCUUCAGUCAACGCACUCCGGUUUUGGAUUUGUGUCUGGUGAAAACGUUUUCAAAGUUUGCGACCAGCCUCAUCCUGUCAUCGUGCAAAGCAUGAUACGGUUGUGCUUAAAGGGUGAUAUCGAUGCUGCGAUGGAGAAACUGAAUGAACUCUGGGAGCAAGGCUAUAGCGCUGUUGACAUCGUAGUCACAGUCUUCAGAGUAACAAAAACAUUUGAUGAACUACCCGAGUAUAUGAAACUUGAAUUUAUCAAGGAAAUUGGCUUCACGCAUAUGCGGAUACUUGAGGGUGUGGGCACUAUUAUCCAAUUGGGCGGUUUGCUGGCUCGACUGUGUAAAAUGAACAUGCAGCCUACAUUGUUUCAAUUGUAGUAUUCGUCAUUUGCCAGUGUCUUUGCUAUAGCUCAUACGCUUCAAUCCUUCUCUCAAUCGAGUAGCUCAACUCCAUGGGCGUUGAACGCUGAGGCCUUGUCGCAGAUUCCGUGUCUGAGCUGCAAUAUCAUCCUUAAGGACGAAACUAGGGAUAGCUAAAGCCUAUCAAGAUUUGCCUUUUUCCGUUGUGUACAACAUCUAAC